AUGCCUGGGGCCUUUCACACCGAGGGAAUCCACCAGGGCCUAUUUCGGCCCCCGGUUUCUCCAUCAUCCAGCUCUGUCUAUCUACCAUCGACUCGACCCUCCGGAGAGGCGCCUAAUCCUAAGCGCAAGCGCGUCCGCGAAGACGUUAGACUGCCUUGUCAAGGUCAGCAGCAGGAGACUACCCGCGUUGAUCGCGACGAUGGCAACACUACCGCGAGUACGGUUCUGAUAACACCAGCCGGGAGACAUGCUCAAAAUGGCCGGUCAUACACACUCGCCGGGCAGCUCGAUACACCUGCCGGCGGGCCAGCGGAAAGCGGCAUGCUAGGUGAGAGCAUGUACUCUGAUUCGGAUUAUAGAAAGGCGCUCGGAUCGAAACGGUCGCGGGACGAUGUUGAUAUGUCUGACCCAACCGGCCAUACACCGUUAUUCAACCUCCCCGCGCACCCUCACCAAUCCCCUGGAUGGGGUACACUGGCGUUUAGUACCCUGGGCGGUGUAAUGGGAAAGGUAUGGGAGUUUUGCAAAGCUGGGGCGUUCAAAGGGUUUUAUGCUGGAGGUGGACGAGGCUUUGAGAUGCAGCCAGGCGACGGUAUCAUGCCUGACGGAUCAAUACCAGAACAGACCUGGCCGCAGAACGACGAGGAUGAAGAGCAGCAUCAGCGGAUACCAGGAUACUUUCCACAGGGAGAUACUUUUCACGGAGAGGAGACUCCUGAGGAAACACCUAUCCCUAGCGGCGCAUCGACGCCCUCGGCUCCGGCUGCGAAACGACGGCAGACAGCCCCGACGGAUGAGUUGGGCAGAAAUUGGGUCAUGGUUAAGGACCGUGCUGGUGGUACAGAUGGCACACCUCGGCGAACCUCAGCUACGUACAGGCAGUCUCCGAGGAACCGCAACCAAGGCCCAUCACUGGCAACCGGUCGUCGAAUCAGCACCCCUAGUAACCGACGUGCUUCUGGCAAGACAGCCAGUCCGGCACCAUUUCGGGCUACACCCCGAAAUGGCUUCAACAUCAUCUCUCCCCCAGCAACACUUGAGCCUCCACGACCGGCUUCAUCUGCUUCCUUCGCCUCUCCUCGCUCUCCGUCUCCGACCAAAUUAGCCACCAUAGCACCGAGCACCACCGCCUCGCCUACGCCGCAUUCAUCUCGAGGACCUGGACGCAGACGAUCUGUCAAUACUGCACCUAGCCACCCGUCAUUCUCACACAGCCGCACGCAUAGUAGUGCCUCUACGGCAUCUAGUCGCGGGGCUGUCGACGACUUGGAAAACAGUCCACGUCUUGACGCUGAAGCGAAGCACCUCGCUGCCCGACGACACCGUGAAGAACGGGACACAGAUGUUCGCAUUGCGGCGUUCAACAAACAAUUGCAAGAUAUGAUUCGCCAAGGCAAAGAAGCGCUUGGCACGACGAUAGAAGUGGACGGCGAGGAUGGCGGAUGGGAGGAUUAUUAA